GCAACAUCCUCAACAAGGCCUGCUCAAUUCUCGUCCAUAUACAAAGGAGGAGCAUCUGCCAGAGCGCACAUAGAGGCAAGCUAAGAGCGAUCGACUUGCAGAAAUCAUGUCGGAUCCACAGCAACAGUCCACAGAGCAACAGGUCGAAGUAUGGAAGGUCAAAAAGCUCAUUAAGUCCCUUGAACAGGCACGAGGCAACGGUACCAGCAUGAUUUCCCUCAUUAUACCGCCCAAGGACCAAAUCUCACGCGUCUCCAAGAUGUUGGCGGACGAGUACGGUACCGCUUCCAACAUCAAGUCGCGCGUCAAUCGGCUUUCCGUCUUGGGCGCCAUCACAAGUACAAAGGAGAGAUUGAAGCUCUACAACCGCGUACCCAAAAACGGCCUUGUUGUGUACUGCGGCGAUGUCAUUACAGACGAAGGAAAAGAGCGCAAGCUCAAUAUCGAUUUUGAACCCUUCAAGCCCAUCAACACCUCCCUCUACCUCUGCGACAAUAAAUUCCACACAGAAGCCCUCUCUGAGCUACUUGAAUCAGACACACGCUUCGGCUUUAUUGUCAUGGAUGGUAAUGGUGUCUUGUACGGUACAUUGACAGGCAAUACGCGCGACGUAUUGCAUAAAUUCACCGUUGAUCUGCCCAAAAAGCACGGACGUGGUGGUCAAUCUGCAUUGCGUUUCUCGCGUUUGCGUGAUGAGAAGCGGCACAACUAUGUGCGUAAAGUAGCAGAGACGGCCGUGCAAUUCUUCAUCACGAAUGACAAGUGCAAUUGUACGGGUCUGGUGCUGGCUGGUUCCGCAGACUUCAAGACGGAGUUGUCACAGAGUGACAUGUUUGAUGGACGUUUGCAGGCUAAAAUCAUCAAGAUUGUCGAUGUCUCUUAUGGUGGUGAGAACGGCUUCAACCAAGCCAUUGAGCUGGCUGGAGAAACCUUGUCGAAUGUCAAGUUUGUGCAAGAGAAGAAGCUCAUUCAAAAAUACUUUGAUGAAAUCGCCAAGGAUACAGGCAAGUACUGCUUUGGCGUGGAAGACACACUCAAGGGUCUUGAUGCAGGUGCGGUAGACACACUCAUUGUCUUUGAGAAUCUGGAUGUGACACGCUUCACACUCAAGACUGAAGAGGGCGACGAGCGGAUUGUGCAUGCAACACCGCGGGAAGAGGAACUCAAGAAGGAUCUCUUCAAGGACCCAGACACAGGUGCGGAUCUCGAAGUGGUGGAGCGGCAGUCGUUGCUUGAAUGGCUCGCUGCCAAGUAUCAGGACUUUGGCGCGACCCUUGAGUUUGUGACGGACAAGUCGCAGGAGGGGUCGCAGUUCUUGAAGGGUUUCGGUGGGAUUGGUGGUAUUCUGCGGUACAAGCUUGACUUGAGUCUGAUGGUCGAGGACGACGAUGAGUUUUACGACGACGACUCUGACUAGGGUGCAUAAGCAUAGUCUGUAUACAAGUUAUCAAGGCCUCACCACCACAGUGCAUCGUAUAUCCAUCGUGUAUAAGCCCUCAUCUCGGUAUUCAUUUCCCCGGCUCCGCUGAUCUGCUUCAUCAAGUAUCCACCAGUUCAACGUCGACAGAUUCCUUUCAUCUCUGUAGCUAUCACGCAUUGAUACAGCCAUGUCACCUCGCAAGUACGCAGACCUCAUCACAGUCAUCCGCAAUGAAGGCGACUUUGCC